AUGAGUAUUGACAUUGGAGGAAUGAGAAUAAGAUACAAAGAUAAGGAUGACACGUUUUUAGAGACACACUUAGUGUCUAAAGAACCUUUCGGUCAAUUCAAGGCAUGGUUUGAAGAAGCUUGCAGUAAAAAAGAAAUCUUAGAACCCAAUGCUAUGUGCUUAGCCACUGUUUCAAAGGAAGGGUAUCCUUCAGCAAGAUUUGUUUUAUGUAAAGGCUAUGGUAAAGAUGGAUACAAAUUCUUCACAAACUAUGAAAGUAGGAAGGCUAAGGAGAUGGCUGAAAAUCAAAAUGUGGCUGCCACAUUCUAUUGGGAGAUUUUGAAUAGAUCAGUGAGAAUUGAAGGUUAUGUGGAAAAACUUUCUGAUGAGGAAUCUACUACAUAUUUCCAUUCACGUCCAGUGCCUAGUCAAAUUGCAGCAUGUGCUAGUUACCAAAGUACACCAAUUGAAUCUAGAGAUAUUCUUUGUGACCGUGAAGGUAAAUUAGAAGCUGAAUAUAUGAUACCCCAUAAGGAAGUUCCUAGACCAAGUUAUUGGGGAGGUUAUAUUAUUCGUCCUAGAGCUGUUGAGUUUUGGCAAGGACAAAAAAGAUCGCCUGCAUGA